CAGAUGGCGUUGAACAUAGUACGCAUUUAGACGAAGAGAAGGGAAGAAGGGAAAUUUGCACGUGCGAAAGGCGGAAACAACGAAGGAGAUUGAGAAGAAAGGAUGCUUACUUGACUGGUGGUCUGUGUUAAGUUAGGGAUGCAGUAAAGUCAGAAAAUAAUUUAUUUGCAAAGGAAAAUGGCAGCUUCUUGGCAGAAAAAUGUCGACUUCUCACCGGAUUGCACCGAAGAAGAUUUACAGAAGAAAAUAGCACUGAAACAGGAACAACAUCUGAUCCCAUUAAAAGAAGACCUGGCAGAAUGGUUAAAUAAAACAUUAGAAAUCGAAGAAAUUACAGCCGACAACUUCCUCUAUAAACUUGAUAAUGGAGUGAUAGUGUGCCAUUUAGCUCAGCUUAUUCAAAAAAGAGCGGAAGAAUAUAGGAAGAAUGGGUUAACUGAUGAGAUUGUUCCUACGGUAAAGUUUAAAUGCUGGGAAAAUGCCAAAUCAAAAUCUUUCUAUGCCCGAGAUAACGCUGAAAAUUUUUUGAAAUGGUGCCGAAAAUUCGGAGUUCAUGAAGCUGUAAUUUUCGAAUCGGAUGGACUUGGUAAGAAGUAACUUAUUAUAGUUUCCUCACCUCUUGUAGCAUGUUUGUUUUUUAUUUCUUCCCCUCGUUCUACACCAAUAAUUAUUGUCUCUCAUUUCUUUUUAUCAUUUAGAAGAUUAUUGUUAAGUGGACCGUGCAAUCAUUUGUCCCAGUUUUUAUUAUUAAAAAAAGCUAAGGUCAAGUUACGUUUAAUUCGUGUUUCAAACAUUAGAAACAACACUUUAAUUAAUCCUAAUUAUGUGCUCUAAAGU